AUGGACCAGACACUUGUUACAGAGGCCGAAGUCCGCAGCAACAACAACAUUGCAUAUCCCUACGUACAGAUGGAGGACGGGCAUUGGGCUAGAAUUGAGAACGGCCUGACCUCAGAAAUGUAUGCGCCAGGCGUAGCAGCAAUGGGGAUGCGCAGUUCUGUCAAUGACCUGCUCAAGUUUUGCGCAGCAGUUAUGAAUCGAUAUGAUUGUGAAAAGAAUAUUCACCCAUCGCAGGAGCUCCUUCAUCCAGCGAAAGAGAAAGAGAAUCCCCUUCGACAGAUAUCGUCCAUGUGGGGAUGGUGUGGACUCGACCGGUGGACGAUGGUUUCGACAAUAAUACCGCGGCAGAUCUCUUAUAAUGCCAUCCACAGACAUGAGGAUAUUAUUGGCAGAAACUCUGAGUCUCGAACACUUUAUGGACAUAGUGGUAUUACUGAAGGAUCAGUAGCAACAACGUACCUGAUACCCUCAUCACAUUCUGCCAUUGUAGUACUGAGCAAUGCGGCUUAUGCAGGGGAUGCAUCCGACGCGACAUCACAGAUCAUGCUUCAGGCUCUUUUUGACCUUCAACCAUCCGUCAAUCUCGUGGCUGCUAUUGAAUUAUCCAGAAAUGAACGAUUGGAAAGACAUGAGAAGAUGAUCUCAAUCUGGCAGGAGAACAGAGACGUGUCCAAGUACAAAGCGACUCCAGAAGAAUUAGUUGGAUCGUACAUUGGUCUAAAUGUAUCUCGGAUCAACAUUAUCAGGAGUGACAAGUCGCCUUCAGGGCUGGCAGUCGUUUUUGCGGACCAAGAAAGCUCUCGCUGUGAGCUAGAACCCUAUAACUCAGAUUCACUUAGCUAUCUUCCCAUGAAGCACGAAGAAACUAUAGCCCGUGGUAUGAUUGACUGGGAUUAUUGGACUGUGGGAAUAUUCAAUUUUGUGCGGCAAGACCGAGACCGUCAACAAGGAGAUGUUGUGGGCUUAGAAUGGAAAUGGGACGAAUAUGACUAUCCAGCGCUAUGGGAAAAAGAACAAUAA